UGAAAAAUUUAAGAAAAUUUAAUUAAGAGUUAGGGUAAAGUUAACAUGUUUUAGUAUACUAACCCCAUUUAAUAUGAGUGACCCCCCCUCUCCUAACGACUUUUCUCUUCUUUUCAUUUUGACAUAGUGGUCCUACGCGAAUAGUGCGCUAACAAUGCGAUUUCAUUUCUGUAGUGCCGAAAUUUCAUUCGCACCGAUACGCUCAAAAGAAAAACAUCUUGUUCGAGUUCUGUUUACUCUCCUUCCUAAUUAGGAAAUGGCUCAAAAUUACCAGCCCUAAGAAAGCAACCUGUUUUGUGGUUUACGCGAUGGAACAACAGUACGGGUGGGAGACCUGGCAACAUGAUUUAACGGAAGCAAAUCCGGGAGGUUGACAGUAAGAUAGUUCUUCAUUAGUGAGACCUUAUUAGAGCCAACCACCUAUAAUUCCCUAAUUAAUACAAGUCAGUAAUUCACUAUCAGGCUCGCAUAAUGUCUCACACACUUAAUAAUGAAAAUGAUUACAAAAUAACGAGAUCGAAGACUUCUCACAAGCAAGAGCUUCUAGAGCAGGACUCUCAGCCAAAAUCACAUAUUUCAAAUCAAAUUCAUACUAAUACUAAUACUAAUUCUAAGAAUGAUGAUAUACAAGUUAAUACUCGACAAUAUCUUGCCGAUGUCUCUAAUCAAUAUGGUGCUGCUUCAAGUGGUAAACCAUUGAAAUCCUCUACAAUCUCAACUCUUACUAAUAAAAGAAGACCAUUGGGUGGUGAUGCCGCUCCAUUACAACAACAACAACAACCACAAUCACAACAAUUGAGGCCCUUAAGGCCCACUUCUACCAAUACUAAUUCUAAUACUAAUACUUCUAAUUCUAAUUCUAAUUCUAAUUCUAAUAGUACUAAUAAUAUUAAAAUGGGUCCACCUCGUACAGAUGAAUCCAAUGAAAUUGAAAAUAAAAAUAAUAUUCCAGCAUCAUCUGAUAUUAAAAAUAUACUACCAAGAUUACCUCAAAAGCGUCAAGCUACUGAAUCUUCAACUAAUUUAGUUGAAAAAUUACAUACUCAACCUAUUUCAUUUCCUCAACCAUCUAGUAAUAAUAAUCAAGGAACUUAUAAAAAGGCUAGAUUAAUAGAUUAUGAAUGGCAAGAUUUAGAUGAAGAAGAUGCUGAUGAUCCAUUAAUGGCUAGUGAAUAUGUAGCUGAUAUUUUUACUUAUUUUUAUGAAUUAGAACAAAGAAUGUUACCAGAUUCAGAAUAUUUAUUUAAACAAAGGCAUUUAAAACCAAAAAUGAGAUCUAUAUUAGUAGAUUGGUUAGUAGAAAUGCAUUUAAAAUUCCGAUUAUUACCAGAAAGUUUAUUUUUAGCUAUUAAUAUUAUGGAUAGAUUUAUGUCCUUAGAAGUUGUACAAAUAGAUAAAUUACAAUUAUUAGCAACUGGAUCAUUAUUUAUUGCUGCUAAAUAUGAAGAAGUAUUUUCUCCAUCAGUUAAAAAUUAUGCAUAUUUUACAGAUGGAUCAUAUACCGAAGAAGAAAUUUUACAAGCUGAAAAAUAUAUUCUUACGAUAUUAAAUUUUGAUCUUAAUUAUCCAAAUCCUAUGAAUUUUUUAAGAAGAAUUUCAAAAGCUGAUGAAUAUGAUGUUCAAUCAAGAACUUUAGGGAAAUAUUUAUUAGAAGUUACUGCUAUAGAUUAUAAAUUCAUUGGAUUUAAACCAUCAUUAUGUUGUGCAUCAGCCAUGUAUUUAUCAAGAUUAAUUCUUGGUAAAAUACCUAUAUGGAAUGGGAAUUUAAUUCAUUAUUCUGGAGGUUAUAGAGUUAAUGAUAUGAAAGUUUGUAUAGAACUCAUAUUUCAAUAUCUUAUAUCUCCAGUAGAGCAUGAUGAAUUCUUUAAGAAAUAUGCUACAAGAAAAUUUAUGAAAGCCAGUAUAUUAUGUAGGAGUUGGGCUAAAAAGUUUCAUACUGAAGGUAAAGAUUUAUUUGAUGAAACUUUAUCGACUCAUAGAAUUGAACUUGAAUUAUCGAAUUAAUUCAAAGUUUUAUAUAAGGCCCUUCUUUUACAGUUGUUCAUUUCAUUUCAUUUCACUUCCCUUCAUUUCUUUCCCUUCCCUUCAGUUCCCCUAUAUUAGUCAUGUCAUGUGCCCUCUAAUACCCUCCCUUUAGCAUUCAAUACGUUGUAGUAUAAUAUACAUAUUUGCAUUCACACAGUAAA